UUGUAAAAAAUUUAAUGUAUUUUUUAUAUAGUCGAAGACCUUGUCGUUUAAAAAUAAUCCAUGGCUCGGUGACGAUUGCUAGAUGCAGUGAUCGGUUGACGGGAACCGGGAGAGCUCGUGGCAUUUUUUUAUACUGUGUUGACUUGUUAUAAAAAUAUUGGUUUGAAUGUGAUUAUUGAUAGCACUCUAUAGAAUUAGAAACAUGUGUAUGAUUUUACAUUAAAUAUUUACUUGUGUAAACUUGUUUUUACAAUUAUAACAUUGAGACGAAAUCAUUUUGUGUUCUAUAAUAAGGGUGAUAAAGCAUGGAUUACGACAAUGAAAAGUUAGCGGCUACUGUACUCCACUGGAAUUACAGAGGUUUUACGGAAUUUCCCCUCCAACAGCUGAGAGGGGAGGAAUCAGACGUCACUGAUAUAUACCUAAAAGAUAAUUUAAUAUCUCGUCUGCCCACUGAAAUAUAUAGAUUGCAGAACUUGGAAAGUUUGUACUUGAGCGGUAAUGACAUAACUGAGUUGCCGCGCGAGAUAUCGAUGUUACGGUGUCUCAAAUGCUUGGAUUUAAGCGGUAAUCGAUUGAAGCACAUCCCUGAUGAGAUUGGAGAUGUGAGGAAUUUGAAGUUUUUGAUAUUGGACGAAAAUGAGCUGAUUGAAUUGCCUCUGAGGCUUGCAGAGUUGCGUGCGUUGCAAUACUUAUCAGUUUGUGAUAAUAAACUUCAAUGGCUGCCACAGAAACCAGUAUUCAAUUACCAUCACUGUGAAUUUAGAUUUUGGAGGAAUAUCUAUUUAAAAUCUAUACCUUAUGCUUUGUGGUAUCAUAUGUUCCGAGGCCAGCAGACUAGGAGUCUUAAUAUUGGUUGCCUCAAAAUACCCACUUGUGACAGUAUAUCUGAAAAUAGUAGAUGUCAAUUAAGGUUAUAUCAAGAUUCGAGACAAUGGGAACUCUACGUUGAUAGUCCACAAUACAACGUCGUACUCAAAAGCAAAGCCCACUCUCCACCAAGCCUUUUGGAAAUAUGCAAGAGAUUAUUGUAUGAAAUAAUAAGUGAUACUGCCAAAAAGAAAACUAAAUUAGCUGAAGAAAAUAUUAAUAACUUAUCUGGUAGACUUCAUUACUAUUAUAAUCUUGAUUAUAUUGAAAAUAAUUUUGAAGAAUUCAAUAUAAAAAAUGAUGACGUAAAUAAAGAUAUAAAUAGUAACAAUCCCUCGUACUUAUUAAAGGAAAGGCAUGUUUUUAAUAGAAGUAAAGGAAAUAUGAAAGAUUACUAUGUUCCAAAAGAUAUAGUCGAAGAUUUUUUAAAUUUUCUGCCAAAAUUUAUAAAAAUAGAAUUGAUUAAUGGACCCAUAUCAAGAUGUGAAUAUAUAUCCUGUAAGCGGCCUGUGUUUGAUUACGUAUAUUAUGAAUUUUGUUUCGGCAAAAUCAUAUUGAUUGAUAACACAGAAGAUAUAAUACUGAGCGCGGCCUUUUGUUCCAAGUCGUGCGCAGACACGUGGAAAAUUGGAAAAGUGGGCUUGAUACCUUGGUCGUUACUAAGAAAAAAAAGCUAAAACCUUUAGCCGAUCUUUACGCUUUGUUAUUAAUUUU